UGGAACAUGGAAGGUGCUUUGGAGCACCAUUUAGAAGACACAAUUAAGAAUCCUUCCACUGCAGGAGUCCUGUGUACCGAUUCUCAGGGACUAAACCUGGGCUGUCAUGGCACCCUUUCAGACAAACAUGCAGACAUGAUAUCUGUUCUGGCUAAGCAGGCAGCCAAACUACCAUCUGAUCCAACAGAUAUUCCCGUUGUUUGCCUGGAAUCAGAUACUGGUAAUAUCGUGAUCCAGGACCACGAUGGCAUCACAGUGGCAGUGCACAAAAUGGCAUUUUGACCUCACCUGCAGUGUGCCUUUUUGCCCUUCAGCAAUUCAUUGUUAUGGACCAGGCUUUUCUCCUUCACAUUUAAUAUGGAUUGUAUAUCUGGUGUCACUAGAAGAACCCAGUUGCUUCUGAGUGCAGAUAUGUUCCCUGUCUUGUAAGUUCGCACAUGAAUCUAGUUGAUGUUAAUAUCUGAUGCUUUAUACUACCAAACCUGGAAAGCUUUUCUGCUGUGGAACUGCAGAAAUAGUGCCUCA